UUGACUGACAACCGUCACACUGCUUCCCCGCCUCCCUAUCUCGUUUGCCACGCCCAGCCCCCCGGCCUAAAGCUAGUUGUGCCGCUACGCGUUCCAGCCAAUCAGUCGCUUGGAGAUGGAAGGGUGUGUUUGCUAGUUGCCUUGACAGCGGCAGUAGGGCAAAGAGACACAUACGGGGAGGAAGCAGACAUGGAGGAAACAGAAGAAGAACUCAGACCAUGCAAAAUUUGUGGUAGAACCUUUUUUCCAGCGACACUGAAAAAACAUGUGCCAAUAUGCCAAAAAACAUCUGUGAAAAAGAGGAAAACAUUUGAAUCGAGCAGGCAAAGAGCAGAGGGAACAGAUAUUAAUACAGUAAAACCAGUAAAGCCAAGGCCGGAACCUCCAAAAAAACAGUCCAACUGGAAGAGGAAACAUGAAGAGUUUAUUGCCACGAUAAGAUCUGCUAAAGGAAUAUCUCAGAUUCUAAAAGAAGGCGGUGAGCUUCCACCUCCACCCCCACCUUCGUAUGAUCCCGAUUAUGUUCAAUGUCCUUAUUGUCAGAGGAGAUUUAAUGAGAAUGCUGCUGAUCGGCACAUAAACUUCUGUAAGGAGCAAUCGGCUCGCAUGGGACAAAAAAUUAAAGGAGGUACAGAUCCCAAAAGAAAACCAACAGUACGUCCCCAGUAUAAGCCACCAAGUCUUAAGACUGAUUCACCCGCAGCUGUUUCAUCUCCGGCUUCACGUCUGCCACAACCACCUAAUUUUGGAAAACCCACCUCAGGUAUACCUUCAGGAAAAUCGGUAGCAAACAGUGGAGCCCCUGGAAAUAAAUACCAAACACAGUCUCCGGCACAUAAAAAUUCUACAACGGUUACAAGCCCUCAAGCUGGUAAAUUUGGCACAAUAGGUCCACCUCUUCGGACUGGAAGAGAUUUACUGAGAAUGCAGGAAAGUGACAAUAAAACUGACAGUUACAUUCCAAGAGUUAAUGAUUUGCAGCCUAUCGACAAAGGAGCACUGAAAGCUAGAACACCUCCGAGUUUGGUUAAAAAUCCUUCAUCAGGCACUUCAUUCAACAAAAGGAAAACUUACAAUGCUGAAAACAAUGCAAGGCCUGAAGCGGCAAUGGGGUAUGACUCCAGUGACUACUCAAAGCCUUUAAAUGAUGGCCACAUCAGAGCAGCUGACAACAAUAUGUCAGGCCAGUUGACAAAGUUCUGCCACGAGUGUGGCACCAAGUACCCAGUGGAGUGGGCAAAGUUCUGCUGUGAGUGUGGAGUAAGAAGAAUGGUUCUCUGAGAAUGGUCAAAUAACUCUGCAUAUUGAUAACUGCACAUUAUCACGACAUAAAUCUAUUAUCAGAGGAAGUUAUAAGAGUUCGCUCAGCUCUGGUGCACAUCAAGCCUCAACUUAGGGACAAUAUCCACCUUUGUUCAGCAUGAGGCAAAUAAAUAGGGCUUGUAUUUUCAA